AUGGUAGACAUAUCGGAUGGAAUUCUUUUUAAGGACAACAGCUUUUUAAGCACAUUAAAUAUUGGAAAAAGAAAGAUUUCCGAGGAAAUUCUUCCUCAAGGCAGCCCUGGCAUCUUUCGGCAGAAAGCUACGACGUGCGAUCAUUUAUCUCUCAGUGGGUACGCUAGAGUAGCUAAGCAGUCAUUCGGUAACCUCCUGUCAAGAAAAAUGGCGUCCAGCUCAGGUCAGACUUCAGUGCCUUGGCCAAAUACCAAAGAUGAUUACGAAUUGGGAAAAGUUAUCGGUGUUGGCGCUACUGCCGUUGUACACGGUGCCCUCUGCAAACCCCGAAACGAAAAGUGUGCCAUUAAAAGAAUUAAUUUGGAGAAAUGGAAUACAUCUAUGGAUGAACUACUCAAAGAAAUCCAGGCUAUGAGCAGCUGUAACCACGAAAAUGUUGUCACUUACUACACGAGUUUCGUGGUCAAAGAAGAAUUAUGGCUUGUUUUGAAGUUAUUGGAGGGAGGCAGUUUAUUGGACAUAAUAAAACAUAAAAUGAGGGCAUCCAAUUGUAAACAUGGAGUAUUCGACGAAGCAACCAUUGCCACUGUUCUUAGAGAAGUAUUGAAAGGCCUAGAAUAUUUUCACAGUAAUGGACAAAUCCAUAGAGAUAUCAAGGCUGGUAAUAUUUUGUUGGGCGAGGAUGGUACUGUGCAGAUUGCGGAUUUUGGUGUCUCGGCUUGGCUGGCUACUGGUCGUGAUAUAUCCAGAGAAAAAGUGAGGCAUACCUUUGUUGGUACGCCAUGUUGGAUGGCGCCUGAAGUUAUGGAGCAGGAUCAUGGAUACGAUUUCAAAGCAGACAUUUGGUCUUUUGGUAUUACAGCAAUCGAAAUGGCUUCUGGUACUGCUCCAUAUCAUAAAUAUCCUCCUAUGAAGGUGCUUAUGUUAACUCUUCAGAAUGAACCACCAAAUCUUGAUACAGGAGCUGAAGAAAAAGAUCAGUAUAAGGCUUAUGGUAAAACAUUUCGGAAGCUAAUAACAGAUUGUCUUCAAAAAGAACCUGCAAAAAGGCCUACUGCUGCGGAUUUGUUAAAACAUGCCUUUUUCAAAAAGGCAAAGGAUAAAAAGUAUCUUCAGUCCACGCUAGUAGCAAUAGGACCAAGUUUGGAAACCAGAGUUCAAAAAGCCUCGAAACGACAACCAGGGGCUUCGGGACGUUUACAUCGCAAAGAAACGGGAGAAUGGGUAUGGUCCAGUGAAGAUGAAGACGGCGGCGGUUCAAGUGACAGCGACAACGACUCGAAGCCAAUGAAUACUCUUGUCUCCAUAGGUUCGUCAGGUUCAGACCAUGAAGAUCUAAGUGAAACCGCUGAACCGCCUCCUGUCAAUUUGGUCCUCAGAAUGAGGAAUGCCAAACGUGAAUUGAACGACAUAAGGUUCGAAUUUGCAGUAGGCAAAGAUUCCGCCGAAGGCAUAGCAAGUGAGUUAGUCGGAGCAGGAUUGGUUGAUGGAAAGGAUAUUGUGGCUAUCACGAUAAAUCUUCAGAAGUUGAUUGACCAGAGGAAUGUUAUGAAAGUUGUUACUUUCCCAUUGAAUUCUCCCUUACAUCCCAACGAAGUUCCUGACGAUAAGGCCCUUGUAGGGUUCGCCCAAAUUUCCAUAAUGGACUGA